AGCUCUCCCAUCACAGGGGUUUCUGUCUCCCUUACCCUCUGCUCUUUUCCUGCCGCACAGCUUUUAUUCGCCAGCCUUUUUUUCCCCUCUCCUGCUUUUUGCAUUUCCAACUGAACAAGGCACCAUGAGUCGGAUUUCUUUCAGAUCGUCUACUGGCGGGGGCAUGAGGGGCUUUAGCUCAGGCUCUGCUAUCAUAGGAGGUGGCAGUGGCACCAGAAGCAGUUUUAGCUCCGUCUCUGUCUCCAGAGUUGGAGGAGGAAGAGCCGGAGGUGGAGGAGGCUUCGGAGCAGGUGGUGGCUUCGGCAGCAGAAGUCUCUAUAAUCUAGGUGGAAGCAAAAGAAUUUCCUACAGCUCAGUCGGUGGAGGUCUACGGAGUGGAGCCGGUGGUGGAUAUGGCUUUGGUGGAGGAGCUGGCUUUGGUCUUGGCUAUGGUGGUGGAGCAGGCGCUGGCUUUGGCUUAGGAGGAGCUGGUGGUGGUGGCGGCUAUGGGCUGGGCAGUGGAUUUGGGCUGGGAGGUCCUGGAUUUGGUGGUCGAGGUGGCCCCGGGUUCCCCGUUUGCCCACCUGGUGGCAUCCAAGAAGUGACUGUCAACCAGAGCCUCCUGGCACCCCUCAAACUGGAUAUCGACCCAGAAAUCCAGAAGGUGCGAACACAGGAGCGGGAGCAGAUCAAGACCCUCAACAACAAAUUUGCCUCCUUCAUCGACAAGGUGCGAUUUUUGGAGCAGCAGAACAAAGUGUUGGAGACCAAGUGGAGCCUCCUGCAAGAGCAAGGUCAAACCGUCACCAGGAAGUCCCUCGAGCCCCUUUUCGAAGCCUACAUCAACAACCUCAGGAGGCAGCUAGACAGCCUUAUGGGAGAGAGGGGGAGGUUGGACUCCGAGCUGAGGAACAUGCAAGACAUGGUGGAAGACUUCAAGAACAAAUAUGAAGAUGAGAUCAACCGACGCACUGGUGCAGAGAAUGAGUUCGUGGUCCUCAAGAAGGAUGUGGAUGGUGCUUAUAUGAACAAGGUCGAGCUGCAGGCCAAAGCAGAUGGGCUGGCAGAUGAGAUUAACUUCCUGAGAGCUCUCUAUGAAGCGGAAUUGUCGCAGAUGCAGCAGCAAGUGUCCGACACGUCUGUGGUCCUGUCUAUGGACAACAACCGUAACUUAGACCUCAACAGCAUCAUUGCAGAGGUCAAAGCGCAGUACGAGGACAUCGCCAACCGGAGCCGGGCGGAGGCUGAAGCUUGGUACCAAAACAAGUACGAGGAACUCCAGGUCUCUGCUGGGCGGCAUGGUGACGACCUGCGGAACACCAAGAUAGAAAUCUCGGAGAUCAACCGGGUGGUCCAGAGGCUGCGGAAUGAGAUCGAGAGCGUGAAGAAACAGUGUGCCAACCUCCAAGCAGCCAUCGCGGAGGCAGAGGAGCGUGGGGAGAUGGCCCUCAAGGAUGCCAAAGCCAAACUGUCUGAGCUGGAGGAUGCUCUGCAGAAGGCUAAGGCUGACCUGGCCCGGCAACUCCGUGAGUACCAGGAGCUCAUGAACGUCAAGCUGGCCCUGGACAUUGAGAUCGCGACCUACAGGAAGCUCCUGGAAGGAGAGGAGAGCAGGCUUGCUGGAGAGGGAGUUGGAGCCGUGAGUGUCUCUGUGGUCAGCAGCUCGAGCGGCAUGGGCUACGGCGGCGGCAGUGGCCUGGGUGGAGGUCUCGGAAUGGGCGGAGGUCUUGGCAUGGGCGGCGGCGGCAGCUACAGCAUGACCACCAGCAGCACCAGCGGUGGCUUUGGAGGCAGCAGCGGCGGCUUCGGUGGGGGUCUCGGUUUUGGCGGAGGCAGCACCUUCAGCUCCGGGAGUGGCCGAGGCAUCGGCUCCAGCACGGGAGGCAGCGUGAGGAUCGUUUCCAAGACCACCACUAGCAAAAAGACCAUCAGAUAAGGAUGGCGAGUAUGGGGCCCCCUGCGUGGAUGACGAUGUUUCCUGCCUUCCAAAAGCAAGUGCUGCCCUAUGAAAUCAAUGGUGUAAAUAGCUGCGCUAGAUCUUCCUCCGUCCUUCACCCACCUCUUCUGGAACAGUGGGGAGAGACCAGGACUCCACUGCAAGAAUGUGGAGUACCUUCGGCUAAAGCAUAGGUUGUAACAGGUCACUGACAUGGCUUUGGUGAGCUGUCGUGGACCUGGUGGUGGCCCUCCUUUAGCACAGUCCUCGCUCUUCCCUUCUUCUCCUCCUGGAGUCACACGUUGAAAGUGGAGUGGAAGCACUUUGCUGAAUGAGGAGAGCCGCGCUUGGCCACGCACGUUCGUUCCAUUUGUCCUAACAUGAGGAUGACAGCCUGGUGAAAUCACCAAGUCCUCAGCAACGAAAACGGCUCCAAGAUGCUCCAAAAGCCUCUGCCCGCUCCGCGUUACAACCUCCAAAAGUUUUGUCUGCAAGUAAAGAUUUUUCCAGCCCCUUCUGUUUUCUCAGGCCUGUGGGAAAGGUUAUUGCUUUCUGUGCAUAGGAAUUGCCAGUCUGAUUUCCAACUCCUUGUCUUCAUGCCUACAGCCUCUUCACUUCCAAGCCUUCCAUGCUGUUUGGUGCAAUAAAAAGCAUUUGUCAUUUGUAAA